UGUGCAUGAUCUCAUGAUGUAACUAAACAUGUCAACAAAAACAAAAUGUAAUCUACUCAUCUCAUACAUCAACAUUACAGUGAUUUCUGGGAGACUUUUUAAAUCACAUAAAUGGCGUCAUUUGACACCAUUCAUGUUUCAUUUGACACCAUUUAUGACAUAAAUUACCUACAGUAGGCAGUAUCCUGACAUUUAGCUUGCCAUUUACAAUGUGGACAAACUGCAAUCACAACAUUUUUUAGGCCAAGGGAGGAACACACCCACAUGACAGUUUCUUUGUAGGUCCAACAAAAAGCAGCAGAGUUAUUCUGAAGCAUCACUAUGACUCACCUCAGGAACCUGCACUAACUACCAAAGCUGGGAUUUCAAAGGCAGGUAACAGGAAGAAAAAUAUUCCAAAUGAUGGCAGAUCACGGAGACCCCUGUGAUGGGCAGGAAGCAACCUAUUGCAUAAAUGGAGGGACAUGCUAUAAAAUAUCUUCUAUGGAUACACUCUCUUGUGUGUGCAAUGAAAAUUACAAAGGCAGCAGAUGUGAGCAGUUCCAGCUCUUCAGCAGCUCCACCAAUGCAGGGGAGGCCGGGUUAAUUGCAGCCAUGGUCAUUGUUGCCCUCCUCAUCUUAAUGGUGCUGGCAGCUGUUAUCUACUACAUAUGCAAGGUGUUGAAAGCCAAGCAGCAGAGCCAACAGAGCAGUCAGCAACAGUAUUGGAGAGUAAAACCCAGAGUAUGA